AUGCCAUAUAUCAUAUCUUGUUCCGUCUUUAGUCUAUCCUGUCUUCUGGUCGGACUCGUGCCGCAUAUCAGUGCGGUUUUCAUAGGUCGUUUUCUAUCAGGUUUUGCAUCUGCCGUGCCUUCGGUCGUGAUAUCCGGUACUGUGGAGGAUAUAUUCAACCCGGAACAGCGCGUGUGGGUCGUUCUUCUCUGGAAUGCAGCCGCUACGGCCGGUCUUGCUUUCGGCCCGGUCUACGCAGCCUGCAUAUCUGGCGUGGUGAGCUGGCGAUGGAUAUUCUAUACUGCGGCCAUCAUUACCGCAAUCACAACUAUUCUUAUCUUCGGCAUGCGUGAGAGUCGACCAAGCAAAUUAUUUCGCAAGAAGAUCAGCAUGCUGGAAAUCCGAUAUCCCGGUGUGCAACUCAAGUUUCAUUCUGCGGAUCCAUUUCCUGACCUCGAUUCCUUCAUCUAUACGGUCAUCAUUCGACCAAGUAAGAUGAUGGUUACCGAGCCAAUCCUCAUCAUCGUCUCGAUCCUCAGUGGGAUCUCGUGGGGAAUUAUAUAUCUCUUCUCCGAGUCUAUAGCCAGAGCUUACAUCGCCCUCGGACUUUCCCAGCCCAGUGCCUCAUUCCCUCUUUUAGCCUUGGUGGUCGGUAUCAUGAUCGGCGUAUUUCCACAUAUAUGGGAUGUCCGCAAACUACGAGAAAAGAAACGACAGAAUCUUCAAGUCCAACCUGAAGACACCAUCUUGGGAUUUGCCUUUGGUACACCCGCACUCGCUGCAGGGUUAUGGUGGUUUUACAGUACGACGCCGCCAGUUCUUUGGGACACCCACUGGGCCAUUCCAACGGGUGGUCUGGUUCUGGUUGGUCUGGGGGUCAAUGAGAUAGCAUACACAUUGAGUGGAUAUCUGACCGAUACGUACACGGUAUAUUCAGCGUCGGCCUUUGCAGGUCUAGCCUUUGUGCGUGCCUUAGUCUCGGGGAUUAUGCCUUUGGUUGGAUAUGUUAUCUUCGACGGCGAGCAGAGUACGGUGCCGGGAUUUGUGCUUGCCACUGUUGCAACUGCUUUCUGUGUGGUGCCGUUUCUCUUCUUCCGAUAUGGGAAGAGGUUCAGAGAGAGGAGUGAGUUUGCUAAAUAUAGUCUCGAAGUUCAUUUGCGAACUCGGUUGGGCGAUGCUUGA